AUUUAAAACCCCAUUUAAUGGCACUAUCUUUCGUUAUCCUCUUCGUGAUAAUGAUGAAUCGGAUAUUUCUAAAAAAAUUUAUAAGCCACAAGAAAUCUUGGACAUGUUUCACAAGUUUUACGAGAAUGAAAGCAUCAAUUGCUUAUUAUUCUUAAAAUAUAUUGAACGUAUUCGUUUCUAUGAGCUGAAAGAGGGCGCUAAUAAUCUCGAAUUACUUUACACAAUUCAAUUAGAGAAUGCUGAUGAAGUACAACACCAACGCCGCUUGAUAUCCGAAAGUAUUGUACCUUUGAUGAAUUUACUGAAUUCUAAGAAUCUAAACAGCAAUUAUCAGUUAGAUACAUCAUCUUAUGUCGCAUCGUUCUCUAGAAAAAAGAAAAGACAUCAUAAAGAAACUAAUUAUUGGUUAGUUUUAAAUUAUCUUGAUAGUUUACUCGAAGCCGAAGCAUAUUUUCAGAAAAAAUUCAAGAGAAAUAUUGGGGACUAUAAAUUUAUACCAAAUGUUGGUUUAGCUUUACCUCUUGGUGAUUUAGAUGUUACUGGAAAAUUAUUUUGCUUUUUACCUCUUCCAGUUAAUAUGCCCUUUCAAGUUUCCGUGCAUGGAUAUUUUGCGGUUAGUACUAAUCGGCGUACUCUAUGGUCUGCUGCGGAUAAUGAAGACUUGGCAGUUGAUGCAUCGGCACGUCUGAAGGUUAAAUGGAAUCAUUAUUUAUUUGAAAAAGUUUUACCCAAAGCUUGGGCGAAAUUUCUUCGCGAAUUACCGUCCAAUGUCCCUAAUAUUCAACCAAAUGAUGUGAAUAAAUUCUGGCCGAUAGUUAAUAGCGACAAAAAAAGUGUACUUAGUAAUAUUUUUUGCAAGGAUCUAUUGCAAAACGUUAUAACAAAUCUUGAUAUUAAGGAUCAUGUGUUCAAAGGACCUUCUACAUCAAAUACCAUUGGAACAGUAUACAUUAUACAUCCUCAUUUCAGGAAUCUGAAUUUUAUUGGCUUUCGAUAUACAAUGGCUAUUUGGAAGAUGAAAAAUGGCCUAUUUAUGAUUAUGAUCUAUAUGAUACAAUUGAAAAUAUUGGAUUUCCUAUUAUAUUAAAUU